AUGGAAAAACCACCCCAACUUCUCAUACAAGAACACCCAAGCACAGCAAAAUCCACCACCACCUCACCCAACAACUACAACCAACCACCACCUGGCUUCCAACAAAGACCACCAAUGAACCAACAACCAGUGCAACCACAACCCCAAAAAUCCAGCCUUGAGGUAAUGAUGGAGAGCUUUAUAACCGCAACAAAUAGUGCCAUCCAACACCAAAGUAGCUCCAUCCAACAGUUGCAAGCCCAGAGUAAACUCAUGGAAAACCAAAUAAGCCAACUUGCCAAUCAAGUUAGCCAAUCUUUAAAGACUCCAAGGACUUUUUUGGGCCAGACAGAACAACCUCAAAAAGGCCACAUGAAUGUUGUUACUUUGAGGAGUGGAAAGCAAUUGGAAGAUCCUCCUACCAAGGAGCCAUCACAGGAGGUCGUUGAAGAAGUAGGUGCAAGUGAGAAAGAAAUUGACAAUGCUAAGGUCGAGGAUGAAUCAAAGGAAGCAACUCCAAAGCCACUUGCCCCGUAUGUGCCUAAAGUUCCUUUUCCUCAAAGAUUAGCCCAAGCUAAACUGGAGAAAAAGUUCAGUAAGUUUCUUGAUAUUCUUAAAAAGCUUCAUAUAAAUAUUCCAUUUUUAGAUGUCAUAUCUGAGAUGCCUUCCUAUGCAAAAUUUUUAAAAGAUAUGCUAUCUAACAAGAAAAAGUUAGAAGAGAAUACUACAGUUGCUUUGAAUGCAGAGUGCAGUGCUAUUUUGCAGAACACUCUCCCUAAGAAAUUAGGAGAUCCAGGUAGCUAUUCGAUUCCAGUGAAGCUUGGGGAUAUCAAAAUUAACAGGGCAUUGUGCGAUCUUGGUGCAAGUGUGAACCUCAUUCCACUGUCCACAUGCAAGAAGCUGCAAAUGGGUGAACUCAAACCCACACGCAUAUCUCUGUAA